AUGUCUUCACACCCUUCCGUUCUCCUCCUUCGUGCCGGGCUGCAGUUCCCGGUCGGACGUAUUCAUCGGCUUUUGAAGUCUAGAGUGGCCGCCAAUGGGCGAGUUGCUGCUACUGCAGCAGUUUACUCUGCAGCAAUUUUGGGCUAUUUCACUACAGAGGUGUUGGAGCUAGCUAGCAAUGCAAGCAAAGAUCUGAAGGAAUUGGACAUCCUCAUAAAGGGUACAAUUGCUCGGGGAGGUGUCAUCCCUCAUAUUCACAAAUCGCUCAUAAUUAAAACAUCAAAGAAAGAUUGA